AUGAUGGUCUACCCAGAAUCUCAAGGCUUGCAAGGUGAUGAUGGCAAUGAUGGUGGUGAUGAUGACAGUAAAGAAUCAGGGAACUCCUGCCAUCCUGAUGUUCCUUCACCCUUGUGCAAGAGCAGUAACAGCACAGAUGAAAAGAAGACAGAGGAUCUGGGAGAACCCACAUCUUUUGUAACUCCUGGGGACUCUCACAUGGUGAAAGAUGAACAGGUGGGGUGGGCCAAGCAUGCACUGGAGCUUGAGAAGGAAGAUCAGGAGCUUCAGGAACCAUUUUACAAAGACAUGGGAAUGUCUGGCAGAUUGGAUGGAGAUAAGGAGCCCAGCCCAACCUACCACCUUCCUGGGCAUCAGAGGUUGCCUGCCCCCCUAAAGGCUGGUACAGCACCAGGUGGCUUCCAUGACUCUUUCCAGCACAGCUCAGGCUGGCACUUGGGGGCAGAGGCCACUGCCACACAGGCCCAUGCCAGUGACCAUUUUGUGGGACAUCCAGAGAGCACCAUGGGAGCGGAGCCCCAUGUGCUGCGCAGGGAGGAUGGUGAGGACAUCAAGGACAGAGAGUCCCUGCCCAUGCAGCCAACCUACGACUCACUGUGGCAGGAGAACAGCAUGCUCAGGAGAAUGUUCCAGACCUUCCAGAACAACUUGAAGAGACAGGUGUGCAUGGUGGCGAGCCUGCAGGAUCAGCUGAAGGCCAGCAAGGCUGAGCGAGAGAGGGAAGUCCAAGAGCUCCAAUCCUUAGUCCAGAAGACUGAGUGUCAUCUUCAGAUAAUGACCCAGCGGGCUCUGAAUGCUGAAACAAACAUGGAGAGCCUGAAGCAGGAGAUCUUUACUCUCCGUGUACAGCUGGAGAGAUGCAAGCUGGGGAAUGAAAACCUGGGAACAGGCUGGCCUAGAAGCAAUGAAACAGAAUUUAGACUUCACCAGGCAAAACCCCCACAAGCUCAUAAUGGGCAAAGAUGUAGUUUCUGCCUCGGAAAUGCUGCCCAUUGUUACUGAGGUCCUCAA